GGGCAAGGGCAAAGGCAAAGACAAAACAUCCAAAUCGGAAGGUUCAGAGCAAUCUGGCCUCGACAGAUGGCCAGAGUAUGUUCGGUUCAAGCGUGAAAAGGCGAAGGCAGAUCCGCGCUUAAAGUACCUCGACUACAGCAAUAGACCCCGGCCCUUGAACAGGAAGGUGGCUAUACGGCUCAUGAAGUUUCUGAACAAGUAUCGUCCUGAGACUCGCAAACAGAACAAGGAGCGCAUGAAGGAUAAGGCUGAGCGGGAGAAGAAUGGCGAGGCUGUCGAGUGCGAGAAGAUCCAGGUCCUAAAGCACGGAAUCAACCACGUUGCGGCACUCAUCGACGCCAAGAAGGCCAAGUUAGUGAUUAUCGCGUCCGAUAUUGAGCCCUCAGAGAUUGUCAUGUGGUUGCCUGGCUUCUGUCGCAAAAAGGGUGUCCCGUACACCAUUGUCGAUAAUAAGCUUCGUCUGGGUACGCUGGUGAACAAGAAGGCGGCACCGGUUGUUGCGCUUACGGAUAUUAAGACUGAGGACAAAGACGCAUUCUAUAUCCUAGUCAGUGAUAUCAGGAAGAGCACCGUCGAGGAUAACGAGGCUGCUCGCAAGUCGCAUAUGCGUAGAGGGCUCUAUGACCUGCCUUUGGCAGCCGGUCUCUUCUCGAAAUAUUUGUGAAUGCUUUUCAGCCUCGCCAGGAGUCUCAGGGAUAGCCUACAAGAUAACACCCGUCGCAUUGCGCUGGACUACCAAACUUACCUGCAUUUCAAGCUUCUCAAUUUCGUCGAAAACCUCCUUCUCUCACCAUGGCUUCCACAUUGUACAUCUGCACCUUCCUCAGCCUCUUGCUCUCUCCCUUUCCUUUGACACUGCUUGAAAUUAAAUAUUGUACAUAUAUAUUUAAAUA